GCGGUGGGAGGGUGUGUGAAGCGUAGCCGGCCAUGCCCCACAGUGCCCGCGACUCUGCCUCGCGCUCUGGCUUGAUGGACCUUUAAAAUCUGAGUCGGUGUGUGUUUAAGGGGGGGCCGUUCGUUGUGAUACAAGUGUGCAUUAUUAGUGUACGGUGUAAAGUACCCAGGAAUAUCUACAGUUUUGGUGAUAUACCCGUCUCGGAAGUGAUCCCUAUCUCUGUGUAGAAUUGUUUUUUUUUUGUUUUUUGAAAAUUAAGGAAAUAUUGACUGGAUACAUCAUGAUUGGAGAUGGUUAGUGCUGGAUUAGGGUGAGGCUUGUUAGCACACCCAAUCAGGAAUGGUGAAAAGGCCGUGAGCAUGGGCAGGUAGCAGUAUGAUCUCUGGGAGUGUGGUGGUCGGCGGCACGGUCUCUCCUCACCACAAGUAUGUAGCGGUCACUCUCAUCACAGACGAGACGCUAACUUUCCCCGCUGAGGUGAAGACACGAGUGGGUGAAGUGUACAGCCAGGCCUGCUCCUACCUCCACCAGUUGGGCAUGCAAGACACGCAUCUCUUCGGUCUGGUUACUACUAUAGACGGAGAAAAUGUGUUCGCGGACCCAGAGUGCAAGCUUAGUAAAUAUGCUCCCAAGUCCUGGAAGACCUCGUCCAGCGGCAUGGACGCCAGCGGGGAACCCCUCCUCCAGUUUCGCCUACGAGUGCAGUUCUACGUUGAGACGCACCUCCUUCUCCGAGAUGGCCUCUCUCGGCUCCACUACUACCUGCAGCUGCGGGAGAACGUCCUCAGCUACAACCAAUCCAUCAGCGAGGAAGCUACCUUCCUCCUGGCCGCCUACGCCCUCCAGGCAGACCUUGGCGACUUCUGCGAGGACCAGCACCACGGCCACUACUUCGACCCCAACCUCUACUUUCCGCAGUGGCUGGUGGAGCGGGUGGGCGUGGCCUACGUCUUGGAACACGUGCCACAUAUGCACCGCGACAAUUUGGGGCUGACGAGGGCCGAGGCGCAUGCGCAGUACAUCCGGGAGGCGUCGCAGCAAGAGGCACCCCACAACCUCCACCUGUACCGUCUGCGGUACAAGAAGCAGGACCCAUCGCCUCAAGUGGUCAUGGCCAUCUGUGCAAGGGGACUUGAUAUUUAUGAGGAGGAGCCGGGUCAGUUGCACACGUCGAGAAAGCUCAUCUCCAACUUCCAGUGGUCUACCAUAGGCAAGCUGUCCUUCGAGCCUGUCGAAACCACCUCUGGCACCACCAGUCCCAUUACGUACCAGUAUGACUUCACAAAGUCAGAAGAUCGUAAGGAUCUUGUCACAUUUAUAGAAAAACGACAAAUCACAAAUAUAUACGCUGGCUUCAGCUAG